AUGGCUCCAGAUGAACAUUCCAAAGCUUUCGUUACCAGCCAUUUAUUUAGCAGAAUCUUAUCUUCGGAAACCAGACGAGAACUUAAGCAGUUGAUAAGCCUAUCAUGGCUGCCAAUUCUCACAAAUGUCUUGCAUAAUACCUUACUUACCAUCAGCCUUCUCUUUGCGGGGAGAUUAGGCGAACAAGAACUAGCAGCGACAGUUUUAUCCACUUCGUUUAUUGGAGUUACUGGAACAUUUCUCGGCUCUGGCUUGAUCACUGCUUUAGAAGUUUUAUGCACGAAGGCUUUUCGGAACAGAAGCUAUCGACUUGUGGGGAUAACGUUUCAGAGAGGAGUUUGGCUUCUAGGGAUUUCUGUGCUGUUUGUUUGGGCCAUUUGGACUAAUGCAGAACUGCUGCUGCUGAUAAUCAAACAAAAAAGAGAGAUCGUCAGGUUCUUAAGCUGAUUCUCAUCUUUGUAUCUGUUAAGUGUUGUAAAUUCAAACACUUGCGUGCUUGUACGCAGACAUGCACAGCUAGCCAGUCGCAGUUUGAGGGCUUUUCGGCCAAUAAGAAUAAAGGAAAAUAUCCUCAAGAGCCAAUGAAAAACAACCAAACUGCCUAAAGCGCUGGAAUAUUUUGUUUUAGUUUUACAUCUGAUUGGCUGAGAAAGUGGCGCGAGUAUCCUGAACCAAUCACGGAGCGAAGUGAAAAAAAAAUGCAACUCCGGAUUGCUUUCGACACUUAUUUCAAAAUUGCUCUAUAAGCAAUUACAGAUUAAUUAUUGGCAAGUUAACCCGUAUUUUCAGCGAUACAUCGCGGCCGUUAUUCUGCUGAUAAAUUGGGAACAGACAAGCCAAAUUAAACGAUACUGAACUAUCUAUCCUUCUGUUGCAGACUCUCGCAACUGUUUAUUUUCCUUUGGUUUCCAGCUCUGGUAGUGAGUAUCACUUUUCUAAUAAUCUACACUCUUCUUCAACGCUGCCUUUAUUGUUGGCAAUGAUCAUUAUUGGAAGCUAGUUGUAGUAUAUUUCUAUCCCCGAGUUUUGAUUGGCCCUCAGGCCAUGGUUUAUGAGUUCACAUACUAUGGACUACUAAAAAGCGUGUCUCUUUUUGGAAAAGAUUUUGAGACAAUGCUAUUCGCACUCGUUAAAUAAAACUGCUCAGAGCGCCUUAAUGGUUUUCAACAAGUCAAAACCAACGUGCGCUCAUAGAUUAAUGAGUAAUGAAGAUAAUUUUUUAAUUUUUUAACGGCACCAAAUCCUGAAGCUCUUGGCCGCUUCACAAUGACAUUAAACGAUCUCUUCUCAAAGUGAAAAACUGAAAAAUUAGAAAAAUUGAAAGGAGAAUGGAAAAGAAGAAAAUGGGAUAAAAACGAACACCGCGAAUUAAUUUGUAAAAAGUGAUGAGAUAUAUUACUUGAAUGUAGGAUUUUAAAAAAAUAAUUUUUUACUCACUUUCAGGCAGAUUUUGCGUUUGUUUUAAUUCAAAGAUAUCUCCAGAUACAGGUGAGCUAAAAUGAUUAGAACCAAAACUUUUUGAAACGAAAAUUUUCCAUUAGAGAGCGCUACCUUCCUGUAAUACCAGCGUUUUUUCCUUUCGUUAAUUUUUGCAGGGUGUUUUCAAGCCUGUCAUUUACACCGUUGCUACCGCAAGCAUUAUGCAUGUUGGGAUCAAUGUUGUAUUAAUUCAUGGAUUACAGAUUGAUUUCCUGUAAGCCUUAAUUUGUAUGAAUAAUGGUCUAAAUCACCCUUCUCCUAAUAUAAAUUGCUGUGCUCUCAAUUCAGUGAUGGUCAUAUUCUUUAUGCAGCAGUUCCUAAAUAGCCUAUGUUACAUUCUUUUCUAGGGGCGUGGCCCUAGCGUCAUGCCUUACACACUGUCUGUUCCUCGGCCUCUCCUCGUUUCUCUACCUCUUUUUCUCUAAGCUUUACCACAGAACCUGGCCUUCAGAAGGUAAGAAGGCGACUUUCUUAGUAGUAUAUCAUUUGUUAUGAAAUUGUCCGAGUCCUUAACAUUAUUUUCAAGGAACAACUUGUUAUCAAGGUCAUUACUAGAGAAAGAGGAGGACCUGCAGAAUAAGAACAUGCCCGUCGAUAUGUAAGACCCAAUAUUAUGUGUCUGUGGGCGAAAAGUUUUUUUUUUUUUCUUAUUCUGUUUGAAUUUCAACGUGCUUUAUAACCUCCAACUAUUGAUUACAAGGCUGGACGAUAGAAAGCCUGCAACAUUGGAAUCAGUUCACCAUGUUGGCUGCACCAGGCACGCUUAUGCUAUGUGUUGAAUGGUGGAGCUUUGUUGUGGGAAUUUUUCUAAUGGGUAAGUAUGUAUCCUCAUUGUACGAAAGGAGGAAAAACAGAGAUUAUUCCAUGGAAAGAGCGCACGAACGAUUUUUCAUUUACAAGUUGCAAACCAUAAAAAACAAACGAACGAGUGAGCGCAGUGAACGAGGGUGUCAGUAUGUAUUUUAUAUCAGUCAGUAUGUAUUUGAGUUCAUAUAUAGAUAAUGAGUAUUUCAUUCAGUACUGAGCACUCCGUACAUACUAAGUAUCUUACUGAUGCUCAGUCAGUACGUAUUUUAUUUCAUACAUACUGUGAUUUCUUCACAUCUCAAUUCAAAGUUUGGAAGCAAACGACUGUGAAAAUACAUCGUUCGUCUAAUCACAGACACGAACGAUAGUACUUCACACUGUGAAUCUCAGUAUGUAUGAAAUAAUCAUUAUUCUUCGAUAUCAAAAAUUUUUUAAUCUGAUUGGUUCUCAAUAUCUCAUGGGUGAGGCUUUAACGAGAAAUUAAAUGUCAGUCGGUUUUAGGGGCUAACAGAUUAAAUUGUUUCAUGCAGUAUAGUGCUAAAAACAGCAUGAAGUGGUCAAAUUAUACAGUUCAAAAGGUCACGAGAUUCUAGUAACAAUGCAACACUACUCGAUUAAGAAAAUAUGUAUAUCUCGAGUGUUUCUUAAUUUAACCUCAAAGGCGAAAAUGAACUGAAUCGGAACUGGUAAGCAAAGCGUAUGGUUUCAUCCCUAAGAAAACAAUAUCCAGUUUCUAAAAUUUGUAAUAAAAUAAAUGUAGCCCUAAACAGAAAAUCUCAGAAUUUUUUCAUUUCAUCUAUAUUCCAUAGGUAAGUUUCUUGCAAUAGAUUGACCUUAUGCAAAAGUCCACUACCAUUGCCCUCAGAUUGUACCAAUGUCUACGCAUUAUUCGUGUCUUGCAGGAACGCUUGGACAAAAGCAACUGGCGGUCCAUGGUAUAUUGAUGCAGUUUUCAAGCUUUGUAUAUAUGGUGAGUGAGUUAUAUAGCCAUAAUCGCGGGAAAAACGCUGCCGUUUAAUAAUUUUAUUUCAGUCUUAAAAAAACCGGUAUUUGAACGCCAGAAGGAAAGACAAAUAUCUCUUGAGAACAGCAUCCUUUGAUAAAGCAACCCACAAUCGAAAUUUCAACCAGUGGAAAGAUCGCGACUUUCCAUGACAAUGCGUUUCUCCAUGUAAUAGGUCUUUUCGAAGGUCUGUUAAUGUCAAUGUCUCCUUUGGUCUUACUUGAUUCUCUAACACAAGGGAAAUCGUUUAUUUCAGAUUUCUAUAGGUUUUUCUCAUGCUGUUACUGUUAGAGUCACGAAUGAAUUGCGAAGAGGCGACCACACCAGAGCGAAAAAUGUUGUAAACAUUUCUUUGGUGGCAGUUUGUAAGUAUCCUUAAAUUUUUCUGGUAAAUCAGAUGGAUAGGCACGUCGAUUAGCAUUUUCAAUACGAUAAUUUCUUCGUCCCGUUGACGGAUUCGGCUGACGUAUAUAUUUGAAUUUUAGUUGCCGCCUAGGUUACAACUGUUCUAUUCGCACAUCCUAACAUGCACUCAGAUGCGUGUGGUAAGAUAAAUUCAGUGCACAAACGUACCACCUCCCUAUUUAUUAUUAUCUGAUUGAAAUUGGUGCAAAAAGAAUGCAAACGUGUCCAUUUCUCUUGAGAUAGGGGGGAGGUACUUUGGUCUCUUGGUACCCAUUCCUCGUGAAUGUGAUGCGGUCUCAGCCCUUUACAUCCUAACCCUAUUAUGCAUAUUCUCCAUACUGUUCUCUAUACAUUUCCUAAGAAGCUGACAAUGAGAAUUUGUUUACUAAUCAAGAGCUUCAUUAGUUGGUGAUCAUUUUCUUUCUUCUUGUGACCUUAAUGCGUCAAUCGGGGGUGAUAUUGUAAGGAGAAAUUAGAUGUUUGUCACUCUUAAGGUUCAAAAGGUUAAGAGAUCUUGGAACGUGAUAAAUUUAAUAGCAAAUUAUUUUACCUUUUUUUUUUUUGUUGCUCUGUUAAUUUUCCGCAUAAGUCAAAUACGCGAGGCGGAAAUUUCCAUCAGCUACAGUAACAUUACCACCCUCAACUUGGUUCCUAGGUGAAUUUGUUAGAGCGAAAGUCCGGGUAUUAGGGAAUUUUUACAUCGUCAUCUCUUUCCAGGUUGCUUUUCCAUUGUAAUGUCGGUGUUUCUUAACGGUCUAAACGAACAUCUUGGGAAAGCCUUCACAGGCGACAGGUUUGUAUUUUGAUAUUAAGUUACUGCAUGGAUUUGUCUACCAUACAAUUGUAGUCGAGUCGAAUCGUCACUCUGUGACCGAAAACUGGAAUUACUUCUCCAUGGAAAUCAAUUGUGUCUAAGUUGACUUCAACUGGUCAGGGAGCUAAGUUUUCUGAGAAAACCCUUUGAUUAUAACAAAGCAUAUGCUCUUUAUUUGGUUUUUAGGGCGAUCGCAAGUUUUGUCAGAAAAGUCACUCCAGCGAUGACGGGAUUUUCAUUUUUCCAAAGUCUCCAAGUAAGGGAAACGAAGCGGUAUUUCUGCAUACUGAGUGGAAUUUGGAGUCAAUUUUAUAAACUCUACAAAUUAAUUUCUCUGUAGAAUUUUUUUGUGCCGAUCGGUCAAUUAGUCAGGCUGUUAGAUAGUUUAAAGGGGUAAGUUUCUAAAGAAACUGUGGUGCUGCGUCGGUGGGAGAGUAUAGCAGGUAAUUUAGUGUUAACAACUGGGUUGAAAACGUAAAUUAGCCAUCGUAAAGAAUAAAAAAGCUGACGUUUCGAGCGUUAGCCCUUCGUCAGAGCGAUUGAUUACUCUUUAAGGUGGCUAAUUUACGUUUUCAACCCAGUUGUUAACACUAAAUUACCUGUUAGAUAGUUUGCCGAUUUGUGUCUGAUCUGUCGGUCUGCUAGUCCAUCAGUUUGUUUGCCGUCUGUCUGUGUCUGUUUGUCUGUCUGCUAGUCUUUCCGUCUGUCUAUCUGCCAGCCUGUCCCUAUGUCUGUCUGUCUGUCCGUCUGUCUGUCUGUCCGUCCAUGUGGUCUGUCUGUUUGUCUAUAAGCCAUUCAGUCUACAGGUCUGAGAGUCGAUGGUUGGUCAGCUCUAUGGUCAGUCGGGUAAUAAGUCGGGAUUCGAGUGAUAUCAAUUGCGUAUGUAACACCGCCACGAAACUAAUCACCCAGUUGAGUUCGUCAGUGUGACAGUGGGAUCGUAUAUCUUAGAAAGACUUUGGUUUGAUUUUUUUUUUUAGGUCAUAUGUUGCAGCGUCAUUCGAGGUGUUGGUCGAGCAAAGCUCACUCUUUUUCUCAACUUCUUUUUCCACUUCUUUGUUUCCGUGCCUCUGGGAUCAUGUUUCGCCUUCUACGUCUUUGAAAGAAGAAGUUGAAGGUAAGUUUGACCUGGCCUACUCAAUCAAGAGUAUAUAAUAGUUCCACAGUCUAAUUUUUUCUCCAAAUUUUGUCGUAAUAUUGUUUUAUUCUUGAUCCUGUAGGUUUCUGGUGGGGUCUUACGACUGGACUCAGUCUGCAGGUAAACUUACACUGUAAAUUCGGCAUAUUACAAAGUCAGCCCAGAUGAAAUUAACGAUAAACAGUAUUCACAGCUGCGUAGAAAAGAAAGAUUCACCAAAAGCUCUCAUUUAUAUAUGUGUAGAAUGCUGCCAACGUGUCAUCUUUAAAUGUCCCAUUCCACAUCAAGGGAAUGUUCACUGAUUUGACAUAAACUAAACCACAAGAGAUGUUGUCGCCAUUUGACAAUUUUUAUCAUAAUAAUGAUUUUCUUUUCCACCAGUGUCUCUUAUUCAUUGCCUUAAUCAGGAGGAUAGAUUGGGAACUAUAUGUUAGGAAGGUGAGAAGAAACAAAAAUUAUUUAUCAUUUGUACUUGUAUGCAAUUCUAAAGGCUAACUUCGUUCCCAGGUCUUUUAUCUUGAAAAUCAAGAGUGGCCCUAGGAACGAGGUUGCUCAAAGGCGCAUUUUGUAUUGUCUUUCUCAGGCCCGUCGUAGGUUGACUCGACAACGACUUAGGCCACCUCUCGAAUGGAGCACUGGAACUGGACAAGAAUACGAAGAGAGCAAGCUUGUUCCUUCAGAGCCAGGUGCAAUUUGUAUCAUUCUUCGCCAUCCUUUAACCUUUAACCCCUAAGAGUCACCAGAAUCUAUAUAAUGCCUGCUCUCAGUAUUCCCGCUGAAUCUAAUGUUAAGGCUUUGAGAAUGAAGGAAAUGAUCACCAACAACAGGACAAGCACUUGAUUGUUAAACACAUUCUCCCUAUCGAUACCAUAGGAAAUGUACAGAGAGCAAUGUGGAGAAUAUGCAUUUCAAUAUCAGGUGUAAAGGCUGUUAUUAAAAUCAUCCUCGCUCUCUUCUGUUAUAUCCCAACUCUUUGUCGCUUUGCUUUCUAUUAAGAGGCAAUAUCCCGUGUUUCUUAAGUUGAUUGUUUGAUUGAAAACCAUAUUCUCAGAGCUAAAAUCAUAGGAGAUGUGAAGCAAACAAUUGGGAGAAUUGACUUCUAGAUCAUAGGUGGAAGUAAAAUGAAAGAGUUUAAGGGUUCGCAGAGCUAAGAGAUUGAUUAUUUUUUUCAUGCUGAUAUUUUCCAAAUUUCAUUCUCAGAUCUCAUCGUUACCUGGCUUUCCAGAACCUCAUCGUUAUUUUCAGUAAACACGAACAGCUUACGAGAAUUUAGAAAUCCAACAAACCCUGUCAUGUCCUGGAUCUACCGCUCGUCGUCUCUUCUUAGCCUCAAUAACAUUCCGCUUAGGGCCAUGAACACGGACCAAGAGCAAGUCCUUCUCGAGGAUGGGCCUUUGCGACAAGAUUGCUCAACCGUAUCUAAGCAACAUAUUAGUGUCCAUGGGAACAAGCUAACCUUAAAGGAGAAGCGCAAGUUGAUACUGCGCAGACUCGUAUGGUUGAUGUUUGCGGUAUUUUUGUUGCUUACCGCCAUAGUUGUGCGAGUUAAAUUCCCAGCACCAGAAGAACAAGAACAGGAAGUGUUAAGGGAUGCCAGUGUGACGGAGCUAUCGAUAAAUUCAACGAGGAACUAA